AUGUCGUUUUUAUUUGCGAAACGACCUAAAUCAAAUCAGGAUGUUGUUCGCAAUCUUUGUGAGCAGCUGCAUCGUUUAGAGGGAAAUCAGGAUAAAAAGAAGUCGUUUGAUGAAAUUGCAAAGAGCCUGCAAAACUUAAGGAUUGCUCUUUGCGGUACUGCAGAAACGGAGCCCCAUGCAGACCAGGUUUCAGAAUUGUCGUUGCAAAUUUAUCAGUCGAAUGUGCUUCUCCUUCUGGUGCGAAACUUGCGAAAGCUGGACUUUGAGUCCCGCAAGGAUACGGGAUUAAUUUUCAGUGCUAUGCUUCGUAGACAAGUAGCUUCCCGAUGCCCUACCGUCGACUAUAUCAUGGGGAACACCAACAUUUUCCCCAUCCUCAUUUCCUAUUACCAAUACCCUGAAUCUGCCUUUACGGCCGGAACUGUUUUACGUGAGUGUGCCAGACACGAUAUAUUGAAUCAGGUGUUGCUAGAAACAAAUCAGUUUUGGUUGUUUUUCGACUUGGUACAAGCCCCUAGUUUCGAUGUCGCCAGUGAUGCGUUUUCUACGUUCAAGGCUCUUUUACUAACCCAUAAACAUCGCGUUGCAGAAUUUAUCUUUAAGAACUUUGAUCGGUUUUUUUCGCACUUUACUGUUUUGUUAAAUUCUGUAAACUAUGUCACUAAGCGACAAUCGCUGAAAUUGCUGGGUGAAAUCUUGCUGAAUCGUGCCAACUACUCUGUCAUGACUCGUUAUUUGGCUUCUGCAGAAAAUUUAAAAUUAAUGAUGAUUUUAUUACGAGAUAAAAGUAAGAAUAUUCAGUUUGAAGCUUUUCACGUCUUCAAACUCUUUGUCGCCAACCCCGAGAAGUCUCCAGAAGUAGUGGAAAUUUUGCGACGAAACAAAUCCAAAUUACUUACUUAUCUUUCUGUUUUUCAUAAUGACAGAAAGAAUGAUGAACAGUUUAACGAUGAACGUGCAUUUAUUCUGAAACAAAUCGAACGUUUAUGA